AUGCAGGAGGUUCUUGGGAGGGGUGAAACAUGGAAAGGUGGAGAUUACAUGUCUCCUCCAGGUGGAGGGCAGAAGGUGCGCCUGCUGAAGUCUGCUCUGGAGGACAUACAGGACGAGAACAGAGUCAUUCUUUUUGUGGAUAGCUAUGACGUGAUCUUUUCUUCUGGUCCGAGAGAGCUGCUGAAGAAGUUUCAGCAGGCCAAGCACAGAGUUGUGUUUUCUGCCGAGACGCUCAUCUGGCCGGACCGUCACCUGGAAGACAAGCAUCCUCAUGUCAGAGAAGGGAAGAGGUUCCUUGGAGCAGGAGGCUUCAUUGGCUAUGCACCCAAUCUUAAAAAGAUGCUUUCGGACUGGUCAGGAGCAGACAGUGACAGUGACCAACUCCAUUUCACCAAGAUAUAUAUCAACCCGGAGAAAAGAAAGUCUAUAAAUAUAACUCUGGACAACAAGUGCAGAUUGUUCCAGAAUCUUCACGGAGCUCUCGAUGAGGUGGUGCUGAAGUUUGAAGAUGGACGUGUGCGAGCCAGAAAUGUGCUUUAUGACACGCUGCCUGUUAUUAUCCAUGGCAACGGACCCACCAAAGAGAGUGAAUAUCCGGUGGUGGUCAUUGGGAUCUUCAUCCAGCAGCCCACACCCUUUGUCACUGUGUUCUUUGAGCGCUUACUUAACCUCAAAUACCCCAAAAACCGGCUCCAAUUAUUCAUCUAUAAUCAGGAAUCACACCACGGACCCCACGUACGCACAUUUCUAGAGUAUCACGAGUCUGAAUACCAGGGUGUGAAGCUGAUUGGACCAGAGGAGGAUAUAGAUCCUGUGACCUCACGUAAUAUUGGCUUCGAUAUGUGUCGAGACAACAUUGACUGUGAAUACUUCUUCAGCGUAGACGUGGACGUGGUUUUAAAGAAUGAAGACACACUUAGAAUCCUUAUUGAGCUCAAUAAGCCUUUCAUUGCACCAAUGAUGACCAAACCCAGGCUUCUGUGGACAAACUUCUGGGGCGCUCUCAGUGCGGACGGGUACUACGCCAGAUCAGAGGAUUACGUGGACAUAGUUCAAAGACACCGCAUGGGUUUGUGGAAUGUGCCAUACGUCUCUCACAUAUUCCUGAUGAAAGCCGAUGCAUUGAGGACUGACCUCAAAGAUCCUGACCUGUUUGAAUCCGCAACGCUAGAUCCGGAUAUGGCCUUCUGCUCCAAAGUUCGAAACAAGGGCGUCUUCAUGUUCGUAACAAAUGUGCACACUUAUGGUCGAGUUUUAUCAACUGAAAAUUACCAGACAAACCACUUGCACAAUGAUCUCUGGCAGGUCUUUGAAAAUCCUGUGGAAUGGGAGGAAAGAUACAUUCAUGAGAAUUAUUCCAACGUUUUGAAAGAUGGUUUCAUAGAAACGCCGUGCCCUGAUGUGUACUGGUUUCCUGUGUUCACCGACGUGGCCUGCAAACAUCUCAUUGAAGAGAUGGAACAUUUUGGCCAGUGGUCAGGAGGAGGAAAUACGGACAAUAGGAUCCAAGGAGGAUAUGAAAAUGUCCCAACUAUUGAUAUCCACAUGAAUCAGGUGGGCUACGAAAAAGAAUGGCAGAAGUUCCUUUUGGAUUAUGCAGCGCCGGUCACUGAGAAAAUGUUUCCAGGAUACUACACAAGGGCUCAGUUUGAUCUGGCGUUUGUAGUCAGAUAUAAACCUGAUGAACAACCCGCACUAAGACCACAUCAUGACGCCUCUACUUUCACUAUCAAUAUAGCGCUCAAUCAAGUGGGCAUUGACUAUCAGGGUGGCGGCUGCCGGUUCUUGAGGUACAACUGCUCCAUUAACGCUCCCAGGAGAGGCUGGGCGCUCCUGCACCCCGGACGCCUCACUCACUACCAUGAGGGCCUGCCCACCGUAGAGGGGGUCAGAUACAUCGUUGUCUCAUUUGUGGACCCUUGAACUACUUUUUAUCGGAAACUUGGAUUUGCUUUGAAUUCAGAAGACUCUAGAAUAAUCAAAUCAUGUUGACAGUGCCUUAGAUUGUGAAUAUGCCAGUGUGUAUAUAUAUUUUCCAUGUUUUACGUUACGUAGAGGCAUGUUUUGAUAACGAUCGAUGAAUGUCGAAAGCAGUUUGACAGAUCACUAUGCAAUAUGUGACUUCUAUGCAGUGACAUUUCACUCGUUUAUUUAUUGUCAUGUAUUGAAGGGAUUAUUCCAUACAGAUGACGUGGAUUUUGAAAAUGUGUCUGUCCUUGCUUUGACAUUCAGGUUUAUUGAGUUGUUUUCUUUGUUGAUGCCCUUCAAGCAAUUGGUGCUGCUGUUUGAAAACAGUCUGACAAAUGGUUUGUUUUCUUACUGCUUAGUGUUGCUUGUUUAGAGAUGUAUGUUCUUGUCUUGUUAUGGAUAAGUCAUGUCAUGAAUUUUGAAAGAAAACAAUAAAGAAGAGAAAACAUUGUAAUGGUUAAUGGUAUAUAA